AUGCCAGGUUCCAUGGAACUCUCAAUCGAUGUGUCUAUGCUCACUGCAUCCUUUGGCGGCCGCCCACUGGAGCAGCAGCAGGGCUCCCUUAGCGGACCCAGCUCCCCAAAGCAGGAUUUUACAGGUGCCCAGCUGUCCGCCGCUCGCGUCCGCCGUCGCAGCGAAAUGCCCUCGUUCCUGACCCAAGACAACCCGACAGUCUUUUCCAACGGCUCCUUCAUCAGUCUUGAGCACGGCCUCGAGCACGACCACGACCAGUACGGCCACAGCUUUGCCGCUGCAAAGGGCCUGGCGAAUGAGGCAUCCAUAACCGACGCCCGGUCCUACGCCGUCCAUGAGCGCUUCGACGAGAGUUCGACUCUGUCCACGCGCGACUCGGACGUUUCGGACUCGCCCAUGCCCUUGAACGAGCUCGACCAGUGCUGGCGAGACGACGGCAGCGGCAACGGAACACGACCGACGAGCAUGAGCUCUCUCUCCAACGGCAAGAGUCUGGCUGGGGGCUUUGAAGCACAGGAUUAUGGCGACGCCAGCCACGCGCUGACCAAUGGGGCUGCCUUUUCUCUCCCCCAUCGCACCGUGCCACAGGAACACCUGUAUGCAGGUGCAGGUGCUGGUGCCGCGGCCGAUCUGGCCCGUAAGCCAGCCGCGUUAACGUCGUCCAGCAAUCAGAGGGCAUCGACAAGGAGCGUCCAAGACGAUGUCUCGACCACCGUGACCCGGCCAACACCGCCCCCCACAGAUGCCGAGUCACACAGCCCGCCUCAGCCUUGGAUGCCGUCGCCGAUGGCUUCUGACCUCGCCCUGCCGCAGCAUACUACCAACGGCACUCCCCAUCGCUUUUCAUCUCCCGCAACCUACCAGCCGACCGGCUCCAACUCGGCACCCUCUUUGUCCGCUCAUCUGCAGCCCGGGCCCAGCAUGGGCGUCAAGCAGAGACAUACCCUCGAGGUGCCUAAGCCCGCGCCGGGAAGAACAUCAAAGGACGGCCUCGACACCGCUCAAGCCAGCGGUCGCUUUUCACCAACAAUCGCCAGCCCUCCAGGACCAGGCCGUGCAGCUUCUUUCAACCUGGCUCGACGAACGACGCGGUCUAUGCAGUCGGAUGCUCCUCGCGACGAGAUUGUACCCGACGAAGACGCCAUGCGAUGGGCCGAGAUGUAUCGACAGAAGCGAGCCAGCAAGCGGAGACGGAAGGAAGAGGAGGACGAUGACCGAGUCUUGGUUGGCACAAAGGUUGACGAGACCCAUGCCAACUGGGUAACGGCCUACAACAUGUUGACGGGCAUCCGUGUAUCUGUCUCGAGGACGAAUGCAAAGUUGGACCGCGAGUUGACCGAUGCGGACUUUAACGUUAAGCAAAAGUCUACGUUUGACAUUACCGGUAACGAACUUGUGCCCUCAGCCAAGUACGACUUCAAGUUCAAAGAUUAUGCCCCAUGGGUCUUCCGCCACCUGCGAAAUGCUUUCCGUCUGGACCCUGCUGAUUAUCUCAUGUCCCUGACGGGCAAAUAUAUACUUUCGGAGCUGGGCUCCCCGGGUAAGAGCGGCAGCUUUUUUUACUUUUCUAGAGAUUACAAGUACAUCAUCAAGACCAUUCACCACGCCGAACAUAAAUUCCUACGCAAGAUCCUCAGAGAGUACUAUAAACACGUUACCGAGAACCCCAACACUCUCCUCUCCCAGUUUUACGGCCUUCACCGAGUCAAGAUGCCUUACGGAAAGAAGAUCCACUUCGUCGUCAUGAACAACUUAUUCCCCCCACAUCGAGACGUGCACACCACUUUCGAUCUUAAAGGUUCGACUAUUGGCCGAGACUACAGAGAGGAGGACCUGGCAAAGAAUCCACGCGCGACCCUCAAGGACCUGAACUGGCUUCGACGGAAGCAGAACCUGGAGCUGGGUAUGCAGAAGAAGAAGCUGUUCCUUGAGCAGCUCCAGCGAGACGUGGCCCUCCUCAAGAAACUCCACAUCAUGGACUACUCUUUGCUGGUUGGCAUUCACGACCUUUCCCGCGGAAACGAUGAAAACCUUCGUGGAAAGACACUGCAGGUGUUCAACCCAGGUGGUGAGAAGAGCGCUGAAGACGACCUUCAGGCAUCUCUUCUCCGAACCCCCUCGAAGCUGGAAAAUUAUCGCAAAGCCAAAGAACUACGCCAAAUGGUCCAGAAGGAACGCCCAGUACCCAUGGGCCAAGCCAAUGACCAGAUGCCUGAUGAAGCGGCAGAAGAUCGGCGAGGGCUUCUUUUCAACCAAGAUGAUGGUGGUUUCAGAGCAACCCACGAAGACAAUGAGCCAGCAGAGGAGAUAUACUACCUUGGUGUUAUUGAUUGUCUCACUCACUACGGAAUGAUCAAGAAGAUUGAGCAUUUCUGGAAAGGCCUCUCCAACGACAAAAGCAAAAUUUCAGCCCUGCCGCCAGACCAGUACGGCGAUCGCUUCUACCAUUUCAUCCAAGGCACCACCAUGUCCGCCGAGGAGGCAAAGCGGGAACGUGCACGCAGAGACCAAGAACUUGCGCUUCAGGCACAGAAACAGGAAAGGUCGAGGCAAAGCGCCAUCCCUCCCAUGCCGAUGCACGAGCCGCCCGCUCCUCCCGUCGGAAUACAGCCCAAUGGACGAGCGUCAUUGAAGGGAGCACCCGAGGGACAAAUCCCAGAGCGAAUCUUGAAAACUAGUGCGACGGCGCCAGGCGCGAGAGAUUCACAGCACGAGGCUAUUUUACCCGUGGUAGAAGAAGCUGGAGAAAGCAGCAAAGACGAAACGGAACGGUGGAUUCAUUCGACAUCUUGGAAUGACACGCCGGAGCCGAGCCGGGCGCCUCCACCAACACCGCCUGCCCACGAACAAACCUUCCUUAAGCCCGAUAGCUCGGACAGUGGUUAUGGUGACAACAGCAAUGGAACUGUGAGCAGAGACAAUUCGCUCAAAGUAGCCCGACCGGUCAGCCGAGGAAGUCUCAACAAGGUUUUACCACCACUCCCCAAGAAGGAGAACGCCCAAGAAGGUGGAAUUAGAAUGGUCAUGUAGGCGGACUACAACAACUACAAGACUCUAUCCUUGCGCUGGUGGAUUGAAAAUUGAUUGGUAUUACGACAAAGCACGGCAUGGCGCAUAAAAUCAGCGAUGUUAACUAUACACAAAAGGGUCCAAACUUUGACAACCCCUUAUUUUUUUUCUCUGAUGAUUCCGCAUGAAGGACAAGGAAACGGUCGGGCGGAAUUGUUGGGCUCUAUGAUUUUUAAACACUGUUUUGCAACAUAAUCAGCACUUUGCGUUUCUUUUCCUUUUCUUUUUGUUCUUACAUUUUCCCUUUCUCAUUCGAGAGCACGCGUGUUUUUGAUUGAUUGUUCCACUUUGGCCACACUUUCCUGUUCAUCUGGUUGGGUUCAUUUCUUUUUUCUUUUCUUUUGUCCUCAGAGGAAACAUCAUAUUCACUCUCUUCUCCUCCCGACCUGUCCCCUUUCUCCUUUUUCUUCCCUUUUCAUUUCUUUUUCUUUUUGGUCUGUCGCAUGCGUGACUUGGGAGCGGAGACGAAACAGAGAUAGGCGUGGAGUACAAAUCAUUUGUUGUUGUAGGUUAUAAAAAGAGGAGAGGAAAAAAACAAGAAAGAAAGAGACAAAGUGAAAGACAGAAGGGGAAGCUAUUUUUUUUGUCCGCGCCGGGUUGUUGUGCAAAGUGUGCUAAUAUUGAACUUUUUUCUUUUUUAUUACAAGACGUGGAUGAUACCAUUGACCGCAUUCUCAACAUACAUACAGACAGACAGACAGCUAUUUAACCUUUUUUUUUUCUUAAGUAGAUUCGGUUGUUUAUUUACCUGCAUCUUCAUGCUUUUGAGGGUCUCCUUUGUUCUUUUUCCUUUUUUUCUUUAUUGGUGAUAUCAAAAUGUGUGUCAAUUAUGGUGAAAUAUUUGGGAGAGAAAGAAGGGGAUAGAGAAUAAAAUUGCUUUGGAUUUUGAAAAUGAAGUCGUAGCUGGUCUCUUUGAUAGAGAUUCUUUUGGAAAUGCUUGACAACGAAUAGCAUGGGCGGAUGGUUUAGUGGUAUAAUUUUCCCUUAGCAUCUUGCAACCUUUGAGUUGUGGCAUCGCAUGGGAAAGGUCCGGGGUUCGAUUCCCCGUUCGUCCAGUGUUUUUUUCUCUGUUGUCUUGGUUGAUGUUUGGGGAUUCUUUUUUUUUUUUUUUUUUUUUUCGUUUUUCUUUUUACAUGUUCCAUCUUAACCGUAUGUAUGAACCUUGCUAUAUCGAUUGUUGAAACACCGACGUGAUGUCCGAGGGAGAGCAAUAAUGUCAGUUCUAUCUCAGUGAUAUAAACUCCGUAAAAAAAGGAACUCGUUUACGUCCCUUACAGACAUCGUAGAGUCAGUUAAGCCUUUUUAUAGAUAGAAAAGUAUAUAUUAAAUCAUUGACUAUAUUAGCUCCGCCUCUAGUAUUAACCUCCAGUAUUAACCAACAUUAUUAUUCACUAAACCUUUCAACCUUCAUUCCUCUGCAUCUUACCCGGGUAUCCUACUCUGCUUCCUCACACCCAGCCCCCUUUUUUCUCCCUUUCUCCUCUCUCCUCUGCUAAUUAUCCCAAGUAACCUUCAUCGAAAGAGGGAAAGGCGAAAGAGUGCCCCAGUUCUCAGUAAGAUACUCGCUGAGACCGCCCUCUCUGGCAACCUUCUUCAACUCACCCUGCGGUCCCGCGACCUUCUUCAGGCCUUGCUUCUUGAAGAUGGCGCGGAAGAGCUCCACCAGUGCAAUCUGGCUGACUUCUUUACCUACGGCAGUGUGAGUGCCGGCGCCGAACUGGAUGUAAGAGUCGAGAGGACGACGAGGGUCGAUGGUUUCAGGGUUGGGGAACUGGGUAGGGUCGCGGGCACCAGACACAAAGGAGGCAAAGACCUUGUCGCCUUGGUUGACAUUGACCCUGCGUCCGUCGUCCUCAGUGAUGGUAUCGGUGCCGGUGGAGACAUGGUGCAGGCUGAAGGCACCGGCCAUACGGACACCCUCCAUUGCGAAACCGAGGAGGAGGGAGUCAACCUCGGGGCUAGGCUCCUGGUUGGCUAAGACGUGGAUAUCAUCGACGUAGGGAGCGCCCUCGGUAGAGAGAUACCAGUCAAGAGCUUGUGCAAACUAAAGAAAAAGGAAAGAAAUGUUAGUGUUGGAUAAGUAGAAAAAAGUUAGGAUAGAAGAAUCAAUACGUACCAGUCGGCCUUGAGAUGGCACAGCAGCAGCAGCGGUAGGGAUGAUCAAUCCCCAAGCAAUAUCAUGAGCAUUAAGGCCAGACUUGGCCAGACCUUUGACGGCAUUGACACCUGCGGUGGACAGAGGGUCAUUCUUGGUACUGCCGGUGAAUAGACGCAGACCAAAGGACUUGGUGUACUUGACCGUCGUCUCAAUUGACGCGCCGAGCGCAUCGGCAAUCUCCUUGGUCUUCUGGCGAAGAGGGAAAGAUUCAACAGGAUCAAUAUCAAGGAAGAUUGUGGUGAAAAUGGCAGCCAAAGCAGCAUACAGCUCUUGCUCGGAGAAGACACCCUUGGGGUUCUCCUGCGUCUUGAGAGGGAUGUUGAAGAUCUGCGCAGCAUAGUGGGUAUGAGCCGUGUUGCCAAGAUCACGAACGACGUCGAUAUGCUUCUUGCCCAUGAUGGUGUACGACUUCUCUGCCAAGAGCUUCUCCGCGGUCGUUGCAUAAAACGCCUUGACGACGUUUCUCCAAUUGUCCUUGUAGAGGAGAGACUCGAGCGUCUUGCGGUCGCUGGCCUGCAUGUACCGGCCGCUGCGACCAGUAAGGAUCUCGAGGCCUUCCUUCCACUGAACAUUGUACUUGUCGGCGUUGGAGAAGACGUGCUUGAAGCCGCCGAUGGAUGUGACUUCAACGCGAGGAGCAGCAGCCCUUGGGCGCUCAAAGCUGAAGCGGUGAACGCGGUUCAAGCUGGUGAGGAUCUUGCGGUUCUCCUGAGGGAUGACCAUGGGAUAGUGGGC